AGGUGCUGGACACCACUAAUACCUAAUAACAAUACUCUUAUAGAAAGUGUGGAGCACUACUAAUCCCAAAUAGCAAUACUCAUUAUAUAAUCACCCUUAUUUUGUUUUCAAUUUUUUUUUAUGAAAAAAUCCAUUUCUAGGUGGGACCCAAAAGAUGAGGCAGACUGACUUAGUUAAGAUUAAAAUAAUAAUAUUAGAAUUUUUAAUUAAUUUAUUAUUAUUAAAAAAGUGGGACCCAAAAGUGGAGACCCUAUUAACAUCACACCACUCUAAAUGUGGCAAAAAAGAGUCAUGCACAACUCUAAAUAGUAUACAGAGCCAUGCAAAAGCUUGCCGUUUCCAAACUUUCGCCAUUUGGGGUAAAACGCUCUCUAUCUCACGCCCUUUUAUCUUCUCAUCUUCACUAUAUUUGGCAACCCUCACACCCUCUUUUUCCAAGUUUAGAACAAAGAAGAAAACCCAUUAAGGGGUUAGAUUAGAGAGAUAUAAUAUCUUCGAGAAAGAUUGGAUUUUUUAUUGAAAGUUUGGAUUUUUAUUUCUGGGUUUUGAGUUUUGAUCAAUUUUGUUAUCUGGGUUUUGAGAUGGGUAGGGGUAAGAUUGAGAUUAAGAGGAUUGAAAAUGCUAAUAGCAGACAAGUUACUUUCUCUAAAAGAAGGGCUGGUUUGCUUAAAAAGGCUCAAGAACUUGCUAUUCUUUGUGAUGCUGAGGUUGCUGUUAUAAUCUUUUCUAAUACAGGGAAGCUUUUUGAGUAUUCGAGUUCUGGUAUGAAAAGAACACUGGCAAGGUAUAAUAAAUGUGUAGAUUAUCCUGAAGGUGCUAUUGUAGACAAAACAGAGAAGCAAGAUUCUAAGGAGGUUGAUGAUUUGAAAGAUGAAAUUGCAAAGCUACAACGAAAACAAUCUCGUUUGUUAGGCGAAGACUUAAGUGGAAUGAGCUCGAAAGAAUUGCAGCACCUUGAACACCAACUAAAUGAUGGAUUAAUUUCGGUGAAGGAAAGAAAGGAGAAAUUACUGAAGGAGCAACUAGAACAAUCAAGACUACAGGAACAGCGUGCUGUACUUGAAAACGAAACAUUGCGCAGACAAAUUGAAGAGCUUCGAUGUUUAUUUCCUCGAGCUGAUUGCACGGUUCCAUCUUACCUUGAGUACUACCCCAUUGAAAAGAAGAAUUCUAGUGCUAAUCAUAGUGACAUUGGACCAGACCAGAACUCCAAUUUUGCAGCCGAGAAAGGAGACUCUGACACCACAUUGCAUUUAGGGUUGGCUAGUGAUGUUUACAGAAAGAGGAAAUCUCCUGAGCAAGAAAUGCACUCCACAGACUCAGGAAGCAACAUGGGCCUACUUUGAUUGAUUCUUUUAACAGAAUCACAUAGCAAAACCGAAAUGAAUUUGGCGAUUUUGUUUUGAGUUUUGCAAUUUUUGUUGAUAACCACCCUUCCUUUAUUGAAGAAAAGUUGUGUAGAAUCGUCUAUGUCAGAUAGAUUUGUUCCUUUUAGGCUUUGAUUCUGUUCUAGUUAAUUAUGAAGUUUUUAACAUUCUUAUAGAAUUAAGGUGACUAACUAUGGACAUUGGCAUACUAUACAUAGCUUUCUCUUUUAGUAUGCAUCAAAAUAGGAAGGAACUCCCCAACUUUCUCUUUCUUGCAAAUAUAUUCUUCUUUCUCAUC